UAGAGCAAACCAUCACUGCAUCCUUCAACUUGACGUUCUAUGGCACUAUUUGAGGUUCCUGGAUGGUCUGUGCCCACAGCUCCUGUUUCAAUUUUGGCACAGUCAACUUCCAAGAAACGCAAACGACCUGCAGCUCAAGAUGCUGAUAAAAUGCAAUCCGCGGAAGUCAACUUAGACAAGCUUAUGCAGAAGCUCGGAAGUGUUGGAAAUCGGGAGGAUAAGCAAGGGCCCAAGAAGAAAAAGAAGAAACAAGAGAGGACAACUCGGGCACCGGAUACCAAGGGUGCACACGCAACCUCCAACAAGGCAACGGAGAAGGUUUCAUCACCCCAUGGUGGGUCCAUCGAACAACCGGUGAAGGGGGUUUCAGGGCUGCGCAAGAAAGUAAAGCAAAAGAAGAGCUUGAAGCAUGAUGCUGGGAAACCUGAGCAACGGCCACGAAAUGUAUCGCCGGCGGUCGAUGAAGUCCCGGGCCUUACAAGCUUGCAGAAGGGCAUGAAAGAGAGUCUUGAUGGCGCUCGAUUCAGGUGGAUAAAUGAAUUGCUUUACAAGUCCGACAGCUCAGAGGCGGUGAGAAUGAUGAAAGAAGACCCAGCGGUCUUUCAUGAUUAUCACUCCGGUUUUAGACACCAAGUGCAGUCGUGGCCAUCAAAUCCUGUGUCACAUUACAUUUCUCAGUUGUCAUCCUACCCUCAAAACACAAUUAUAGCAGAUCUCGGCUGCGGGGAUGCUGUACUGGCUCGUGGGCUUUCUACGAAGAAGCUGAAAGUACUGUCUUUUGACCUAAUAUCCGAUGGUGGCUAUAUUGUGGCGGCGGACAUAUGCUCAUCUGUACCACUUCCCGGCUCCGAGCCUUCAUCAUCUCAGACGUCUGAAGGUGAAGCACAGGUCGUGGAUGUGGUUGUGUGCGCACUCAGCCUUAUGGGAACCAACUGGCCUCGGUGCAUUCGAGAAGCAUGGAGGAUACUGAAACCAGGGGGUGAGUUGAAAAUUGCGGAAGUCGCCAGCCGCUUUACCGACGUGGAUGAAUUUGUGUCGUUAAUUGACUCUAUUGGAUUCAAAAUGAAAGCAAAGGACGAUCGCAACAGUCAUUUUACAUUGUUUGAAUUCAAGAAAGUAGCUCGCACAUCGAGGACGGAUAAAGAGUGGUCGAAAGUAAUGUCGAAGGGUGACAUUCUGAAACCUUGCGAAUACAAGAGAAGAUGAGGACUUUCGGUUCUAUAGUCGGAUCUACUCUACAGAAGUAACUUCAAGCGUUGUUAACGAGAAACUAGAUCUACUCCAGUAAGAAGAAACGAUUAUAUCUUCAUUCGUCUAUGGUCUUAUCUAGGGGUGACUACUAGAAUUGGCAAUUGGCUGCGUGUCUG